UUGAUUUAAGGGAACGUUGCUAAUAUAAAAUAUUAUUCGAGAAUUUUAAGAGAUCAGUUAUCACUCAAGUCCUAACGAAAUUUUCGUUUGUUUUCCACAAGCACCGAUCAAUCUAAAUUAUGGCCGAGGAGGGGAAGAAGCAAGCUGAAGCUGAAACCACAGUGGCUCCACCGCCGACAUUGGAGGCUCCAAAAGCUGAAUCUGAAGAAAAAACCGUGUCUCCACCAUCAACGGAGGAGAAACCUGAAGAAUCGAAAGCUCUUGCAGUAGUUGAGAAACCCGAAGAAUCGAAAGCUCUUGCGGUAGUUGAGAAGGCUCCAGAACCUGAACCAAAGAAAAUUUCAGGAGGAUCACAUGAUAGAGAUAUUGCCCUUGCAGAGGUUGAAAAGGCAAAAAGGUUGUCCUUCGUCAAGGCAUGGGAAGAUAGCGAAAAGGCCAAAGCAGAAAAUAAGUCCCAGAAAAAGCUCUCUGCAAUUGUAGCAUGGGAGAACAGCAAGAAAGCAGCUCUGGAAGCUCAACUGAAAAAAAUUGAGGAACAAUUGGAAAAGAAGGCAGAGUAUGCAGAGAAAAUGAAGAACAAGGUGGCUUUACUUCACAAGGAAGCAGAAGAAAAGAGGGCAAUGGUUGAAGCCAAAAGUGGAGAAGAAGUUCUCAAGGCGGAGGAAAUGGCCGCUAAAUACCGCGCGACCGGACAAACUCCGAAAAAGCUCCUCGGAUGUUUCUGAAGUCUGCUGAAGCAAAUGUAAGUUCUAGCUGUUUUUUGGUGGUUGCCUCUUAUUUGCAAUUGUAAUUGUGUCUUCCCGUUUUCAUCUGUAUAGUUGUCAGUUCUAUGUUUGUUAUAUGUUUAAACAGUGUGUAAACAUUACAAAGAUUUAAUCUGCCGUUUUUCA